AUGCGUCCCGAUGGCAUCAGAACAGAAAGCGGCUUCCCCGAGGUCUCGAAUGGCUCGUACCCUCCAACGCCUAGAAAGACCGCUUUGAACGGACAGUCCUCCGCCAACGGCAACUCCCAUGCCAACGGCUCCAAACAACCUUCCAACCCUUCUACCUACUAUGGCCAUAAUCGAGAGGAGGUCACACGGAUUCUGAUCCAAAGUCUGCAUGAGCUUGGGUAUACUUCGUCGGCGGCACAGUUAAGCUCGGAGAGUGGCUUUGAAUUGGAGACAUCGGGUGUCGCAACGUUUCGGAGCGCUGUGCUAGGUGGUAGAUGGGUAGAGGCUGAGAGGAUCCUAAUUCAGUCAUUCCAGAAUGCUGGUUCUCAACCAGACCAAAAGCCUCCGCCGGAGGAGACACUAGUGUUGGCAGCCGACGCCGACAGGAACGAAAUGUUGUUUUAUCUACGACAACAGAAAUUCCUGGAGCUACUAGAAGAGCGGGAUUUAGCUGCGGCCCUCGGUGUUCUUCGGCAAGAGCUGACGCCUUUACACUUCGAUGUUGACCGUCUUCAUGCUCUUUCGAGUCUACUUAUGUGCCCGACUGAGCUAUUACAUGAUCAAGCGGGGUGGGAUGGACCUGUUAGUGCAUCUCGCGAACGACUUCUUGGCAAGCUAUCGAAAUCAAUCUCACCGUCAGUGAUGAUCCCCCAGCAUCGUCUGGCAAUCCUGUUAGACCAUGUCAAGUCAACUCAGAUCAACAACUGUUUAUAUCAUAACACUGCCGAGUCGCCGUCCCUUUACUCAGACCACAUGUGCGACAGAAAUGACUUUCCUCUAGAGGUCGGGGUGGAUUUGACCGAUCAUUCCGAUGAAGUGUGGUACUGCGAAUUUUCGCAUGAUGGCUCAAAGCUGGUCACUGCUGGCAAGGAUCAAAAGGUUCUCAUUUACGAUACGGCUGAUUUCAGUGUUAUUCACAAGCUCAUGGAUCAUGAGAAGGGGGUGGCAUUCGCCAGCUGGAGUCCAGAUGAUACAAAACUGAUUACAUGCUCACAAGAUAACAAAGCACGAGUAUGGAAUGUUGAGAAUGGUCGUUGCCUGCUCACCAUCAAUCACCAUCGCCAACCGGUAACGGCGGGCGCUUGGGCGGCAGAUGGCGAGUCUUUCGUAAUAGCGUCUCUUGAUUCCGAAUCUCAGCUCCGUCAUUGGAGUAUACGCGGCCAAUCCCUAUACACCUGGAAGAGCGGUUAUCGCGUACAAGACUGCGCUGUCAGUGCCGAUGGCCGACGCCUCGUUGCCGCCGAUACGGAAGCCAAAAUCCAUGUCUACAACCUUCUCACAUACGAGGAAGACUACUGUCUUCCACUACCCAGUAAACCGACAUCUGUUGCCAUCAGCCAGGAUUCUCGCCAUAUCCUCAUAAACCUGGCCGAGGGUGAGAUUCAGCUAGUCAAUAUGGAAACCACGGCUGUGGUCCGUCGCUUCAAGGGACAGAAACAAGGCGAAUUCGUCAUUCGUAGCACUUUCGGAGGAGCGGCCGAGAACUUCAUUGUGAGCGGUAGCGAGGACUCCAAGGUCUACAUCUGGCACAAGGAAAACGGAAGUCUCGUUGAGACUCUGGAUGGUCACAUCGCAGGCUGUGUGAACUCAAUAUCAUGGAAUCCAGCCAACCCGGGAAUGUUCGCAUCAGCAGGUGAUGAUAACACAGUGAGAAUCUGGUCAAGAAAUUGUAACAGACCCCGUCCAGGUCCCGCGCCUCGCAGCCGAGUCCCUUCCAAUGGAGUAACGCAGACUAGCGCUUUGAGAACCACCACCUUCCCUUCGUGA